UGGAAAGGAAAGCAGUGACCUAACAAGGCCUAAAGUAAAACGGAAAGGAAAGGAGAAACUCUGGGCCAUCCAUUUUCAGUUCGUCACCAACGGAGGGUUCCUGCAAGGAAAAUUACCAAGCAAGUCUUUAUUGAAAAGGUGUUGUUGACAAGGAUCUACGGAGAAACAUUCGCCUCCAGGAUGACUUUACAACAUUUUUUGCUUCAAAUUUUACUCCUGGUCUGCCUCUGUGAUGCAACUUUAGGAUGUACUCCUGGUGAAUCCCCUCUCAAGCUAGAGAAUCGCUCAGAUAGCUUCGUCAAGGGUUGCUAUUGUAAAAACGAAAGACUUUCUUUGUGCUUCGAGAUUCAGCGCGGGUUUGUACAACUGACAGACACAAACAACAAUGUACUGGUGCAAUUUAGUAAGCCAAAUCGUCAAAGAACGCACGUAAAAGUAUUGGGGCACAAUUUCUUGUGGCCCCAUCCUGGCUCCGAGCCGUUUGUUAUCGGAAAGGAAUCCAAUAUUUGGACCGAAGACUCAAUAUCUGAGAGAGUUACAGAUCUGCCAAAGGGUAUGAAACAAAGUUCUUCUGAGCUGUACCAAAGAGCUAUGACGAGGCUUCGAAGGAAACCAGAAAUGCAACUUCUGUUGGAUGUUUCGCACGCCCUACACGACGAAGCAAGAGAAAAUGCCGCAACAAAAGCCUUCCAUGUGAUGUCCAUGAGCUUGCUGGGAACGCCUGGUGUCGCUGCGCACGCGCGUGACCAACAAACCGCCGCCCACAGAUACCUAGGACUUUUUGACAGAAAGCGGAGCUCUUGUAGAGAUCUUAGAGGAGAUCCGGAUGGAAACAAAUGUCUAGGAAUGUGUGGAGCAGGCUGCUGGUGCUGGAAUCUUGUUUGUAAUGACUGUUGUUAUCAUCAGGGAUGUUACGAACACGAUUUAUGUUGCAGGAAAAAACGAUUGUCAGGAUACUGUCUGUUUCCAUUUCUUUAUGGCUUCAAUUGUGAUAGCUACGGGGGAUAUCCCAGCUGCGUUUAGAAAUGUUAUCAGUUCAUGUCUGUUCGUGUUUUGAAAAUAGAAAAACAAGACAUGAAAGCUGGUAAUCUACAUCUCAGUUGUUUCUGCAAUAGCGUAAAUUUGCGGGUUUUUUUCCACAUAAAGAGUAGAAGAAAAAUUGAUGGGAUCACAGCAAGGGAAAAACAUUCUUGCCGUUAUCUCAAGGCAUAUCAUGUUGUGUCAUUUCCAUUGUCAUAUGUCAUAAGUUGAGGGGAGGGGAGGGUGUUCAAAUAAACCCCUGCUGGGACCACCCUCCCAAAAGUUCUAGCAGUGACAAAUAGUUAGCAUUUUCAAUAAAUAUAGUUCUGAGUCUAGUUAGAGAGAAAGCUGUACUAAUAUUUAAGAUGUAAUUGAAUGAAGUUAGCUCCUGUUAAAAUUUCCACUUAAUGAGGAUAUUUAUGGGAAAAUGAAU